CGUUCGUUUUUUUCUCACCAGUGGAUAAAUAAUUUAGUUCAAGACAAAGGAAAAUCGUUAAUCCGUGACGACAAAAACUUGUCUCUCCAAGAAUCUGUGAAUUGGAAGAAGCCUUUGGAUCUUUAAAAAUACAUGCACUGUUAAAGUUUUAAAAUUGUCGGUUAUUUACGGAAAUUUUUGUUAAAAUGGAAGUGCUAUCCUAUGUGAUAUAAAAAGUGUAUGCUGUGGUUUAAAAAUUGACGUUCAAACACGAUGACUUCAGAUCCUGAGAAGGUCGAUACAAGAAACGAUAACGUGAACAAAACAACAAAAACUGGCUUUCCCAAACGCUAUGUCAUCGUGAUAAUGCUGUUUCUCGGCCUUUCAACGCAGUAUGCACUCAGAGUGAAUAUUAACAUUGCAAUCACGGCUAUGACAAACAACCACACGGUGAAAGAAAAUGGCUUUACUGUUACGAAGCCGGCAGAAUUCAACUGGAGUUCCAAACUUCAAGGAACUAUUUUAGGUUCCUUCUAUUACGGCUACCUUGUUCUCCAAAUUCCCGGAGGUUAUUUAGUACAGGUUUGGGGCACAAGAGUAUUUGGUAUAUCUUUAUUUGCUGGUUCCCUAAUGACCAUGCUCACUCCGUUUGUGGCGAGAAUGUCGGUGGUUGGCCUCAUUGUCCUUCGUGUUAUGGAGGGCGUUUUCUUGGGUGUUCUUUUUCCUUGUAAUCACGAUAUCCUGAGAAAAUGGGCGCCAGCUUCAGAAAAAGCUCGUUUAUUUGCCAUAACUGUCGCAGGAUGUCCUGUCGGUACCAUCAUUACAAUGCCUUUGUCUGGUCUUUUGACAAAAUACGGUCCAGAUGGCUGGGCAUCUGCGUUCUAUUGCUUUGGGGCGAUCGGUCUGUGUUGGGCAUUUAUCUGGAUGCUUAUAGUUCAUCCAACUCCUGAAGAUCAUCCGACUAUAUCUCAGGAAGAAAAAGAAUAUAUCUUGAAAGAUACUGGUACAAACGACGCCACACCCGAACGUGUUCCAUGGUGUUCCAUUAUUACAUCUCCACCUGUCUGGGCAGUCAUUAUUGCAAACUUUACAGCCGACUGGGGAUUGUACACCAUUCUCAUUUGCAUUCCAAAAUACUUCGUGGAAGUCCUCAAAUUUGACAUUGCCAAGGCUGGUUUCAUAGCGUCAUUACCAUACGUUGUGAAAGCAUUUGUUGGACCAACAGGGGGAUUCAUUGUGGAUAAAAUGAUCAACCAAGGAAUGGAAGUGGGAAAUGCGAGAAAAAUGAUUUUUGCAAUCGGUUGUACAACCGCUGGAGUGUUCGUCCUUGCUGUCGGAUACAGUCCAAAUCCCACACUUGGUGUGCUAUUUCUCUGUAUUGGCGUCGGUAUAACUGGGGUAAAUGCUACUGGUUAUGCAGUUAACCUGUUGGACAUUGCACCAAGGUUUGCUGGUGUCAUAAUGGGCAUCACUAAUGUCUUUGGUUCCUUGCCUGGUUUUCUGAGCCCACAGAUUGUUGGUAUUAUCACCGUGAAUAAGACAGCCGGCGAAUGGCGAGUUGUGUUCUGGAUUACAUUCAUUAUGUACCUGACUGGCGUGUUAUUCUUCAGUUUGUUAUGCAAAGGAAAGAAACAAGAAUGGGCGAUGACACCCGAAGAGCUUGAAGCUAGCAAAGGAACUUCGGAAAAGAAAGAUGAAAAACCGGACUCUGCUGAAGAAGCCAAACAAGACGACGACAAAAAUACCAGCAAAGGAAAGGAUGAAGGACACGAAAAGACUGAACCCGAGGAAGAAAAAAACAAAAAUGAAGAAAGUACAAAUCCCGAAGAUAAAGGUACUGGAGAAGAUGAAGGAGAAAUGAAGAAAGAUGAAGGAGAAAUGAAGAAAGAUGAAGGAGAAAUGAAGAAAGAUGAAGGAGAAAUGAAGAAAGAUGAAGGAGAAAUGAAGAAAGAUGAAGAUGAAAAGGAAACAGAAAAAGUUGGUGAAGAAACAAGUUCAUAAACAAUUCUUCAAUCUUCACAAAAAUCAAAUAUCCAGAUAAAAAUAAAUAAAAGUGACCAUCAUAAUAAAUAAGCAGCAUUUCGUAAAGGUCAAACAUCGCUUCGUUCGUUAUUUCAUAGGAUAGAUGGUUUUGUUCAUUCGGCAAAUCUUUCGUGUUUCAAAAGUUUAACUGUUGUUUAAGGAAGCUUCUUGCGCCUUAAAAACAAUUGGUUUUUAAUUACAAUCAUGGGCUUGAGCAGCUUUACGAUUUUGGCCAUCUAACGAAAGGUAUAUAUACGUAUGAAUAACUUGUACAAGGUAAUGAAGCCACAUUAAGGAACAAAAGACUCAAAGCACUGUCGAUUUUCAAUCAUAGAUUUUAAUCAUUUUCAUCCAUUUCUGGUUGGAAAAUAAAUAGCAAAGCCAAACAAUCUCCAAGCAAAAAAGUGAUAUCAAUAAACCAAAUGUUUCUGUGGAUUUGCGAUCAACGUCCUUUCAAAAUACAUCCCCAUUAUUCUCAUCUCGCAAGGGGAAGGACAUUUCUUACGGCAGGUACAACGCUUUAAGCAUGUCUUAACGAUUUUAACACCAUGAAAAGAACGGGCGUUUUUCAUGAAAGCUCUGUGUGUAUGUCUCGCCAUGUGAACGUCUGUCAACUUUCUUCCUUUGAAUAAGGAUGGGCGGUAGUUGCACAAGAUCAAACGGUGAUUUUGUUUGACGAAGCGCUUCAGUUAGAUUAAGAAUCUGAGAAAGAAAGAAGAAAAAAUCAACAAACUAGGAAUGGCAAAAUAAACAAAAAAAACAACAAAAAAAAGAUCCUGUUGUCUACUCAGGAUAAAUAUUGAUAUUGUAAUAAAUGCUUUUCUCACCUGGCCACGCAUAACGUUCAUUUGUUUCUCAAAAAGUGAUCUAUCAAAGCCACGAUCCUCCUGUACAUUAGAAAUUUAUACAGUAAAUAUUGAUGUGAAUACUAUCCAUUUUAUGUUGACUAUCAUUUUUAAACAAAGUUAUCUUGAAUGACAUAAAAAAUCUCUUACUUUAAACAAACUAUGUAAAUCAUUCACCAAUUCUUGAACAAAUUGCAUGUUUUCAAGUUUGCCCAAAACAAGUUGCCGUAUUUUAUCUGAAAAUGGUUUCUUUGCAUAGGGCAGCCAUGCCCAGUGAUAAGGAUCUAUGUAGAUAAUUUUUACGUGGAUAAAUAAAGAUGUUUAUAGCUUCGGA